CAACGGUUUCAACAGAGCCAUCGAAUUGACACACGAGACAGAGAGCCAUGGCCGACGAAGUUUCACCGCCCCCGGCGACCGAAGUUGCAUCAAUCGCGACGCCCAUCAACCUCAUACUCAUUGCACUCUUCAUGAUCCUGGCAUACUACCGCCUCACACCAAAGACCGCACCUACUCUACCAACUCCGCCAGCCCCAACAGUCUUCAAGACCUUUACACCACCCGACCUUGAGCCCUACAAUGGACGCAAUAACAUGCCCGUAUAUCUCGCUGUCCGCGGCAGAGUCUUUGACGUCACCCCUGGACGCAACUUCUAUGGGCCGGGGGGUCCUUACGCCAACUUUGCUGGACGCGACGCAAGCAGAGGCCUGGCCUGUGGCAGUUUCGAUGAGGACAUGCUUACCAAAGACCUCAAUGCUCCUCUCGAUACUCUGUCAGACUUGGGCGAUGAAGAGAUGGAGGCACUGAGAGGAUGGGAGGAGAGAUUUUCCGAGAAGUAUCUGGUCGUUGGCAAACUUGUUCCUGUGGAUAGUGUCGAAGCCAAGGAUGCCACCCUUGUGGAAAAACUCUGAUCGACUAAGACACAGUUCAUAUGCCAUACAACAGUGGGGUCUGGAUUUCAUGGGAAUGUGCCGUUUCGCAUCAUGACCAAAUACAUGCGAACGGGACCCAAAUCCACUUCACCCAAGUCGGCUUUGCGACAGCAAUAUCGUAAUCUUGCUCUAUCCUUCACAAUCCUAGCUCUGUUCGUGUUCGAUCAACAAGCAUCAUGUUGCAGAGCAAGAAUCGAGCAAAGAACACGGGGAUCAAGCCAGUGGUAGGGCAUCUGUAGAUACAAGUCAGACGCGUGGAAGGCAACCUGUAAAUGAUUCGUAGAUGAUCUGACAAAGCAAAGUGCCAAAGCAAUCCAAGAAAAACGAGGAGUUUGAACUAUUGAUAGCAUUCUGUAG